CUUGCUGCUAAAAAAAGUAGUGAACGUGAGAUGUCGUCAGGGAGAAGUGUAUGGCGUACUAUAGCAAGUAAUUUUUUUCAAUCCCUUAGGGUACCUUUUCAAAAGCAAAUACAUGUUGGCGAAGAUCACUAUGGAAACAAAUAUUUUGAAAGCCCUCCAAGGAAAGGAGGCCUAAGAAAAACUCCAACACGUUGGUUCGUCCCUAAAGAAAAAGAUGAUUGGCAACAAAGCCUGCCAGCAGAGUGGGAAGCAUGGUUACGUGGAAGACAUCAGGAUCCCCCAACAUAUGAAUUUAAUAAUCUGGGUGAUGCAUUAUAAAGUGAAUUUGAGUCA